UUCUAUAACAAACUCCACUCGUUUUCAAAUACAUAUUAUAAGGCCGGGAUCAUUCUGAUUAGGCACUGGGAUUACGGGGCCAACUACUUUACUAUACCAAAUCAAAAAUAUAAGUAUAAACGAUUGUGAUUAUUUACUCAUUUAAUUAUUUAUUAUUUCUCUCUCAUUUUUAUAGAAUAAUAUUAAAAUUUUAGUUUUUUAAUUAAUUAAAAUCAGAUUUUCUAUAAAAUAUUUAUUUCUUCACUUUUUAAUGAGAAAAUAAUUAAAAUAGCCUCUAGCAAUAUAUGCAUUCCACUACAAAUAAUAUCUGUUUAUCUCCUUUACUACAAAAGUUUGGAACAGAAUAAAAGCGAUUAUCAUCAACAUAAAGAGAAAAUAUUAGCAAAGAAAAAGCAUUAACAAAAACGGGAAUAGUAAUGUUCGAAAAUCAACAUUUAUUAGCAAAUGAUUGGAAAGAAGAAAAAAAUAAAAUGGAGGGAGAAUUUGAAGAAGAAGAAGGAGAUGAACAAAAUAAUGAGAAUAAUAUUAUUAAUUAUGAUGAAGAUGGAUUUGAAGAAUUACGAGAUUUUCAGUUACUUUUAAUGCCAGCAGCAAGACAAAGUGCUGCUAGGAGAUUUAAUUCUAAUACUUCUCCUGUGAAUGCUAAUAAAAUCAAUGAACAGCAAAAGCAACAAAAGAAUAAAAAAAUUUGUGAAAACGCAGAAAAAAUAGGGUUGGUAGAAAUAAGUUAA